ACCAGUUUUAAACUCGUUUACAGCUAAAGUAAACUAUUUACACACUAUGCUCUGUGCUCGCUGAACACAUCCUGCAAGAAAGGUCCACGCCUUCCUCAUGUAGCUCACUGUGCAUCCUGGUUCAUUCGUGCGUUUUUACGCACAGCGACACGAUGACCGUCCGGACGUCCCGCUGCGCUCUCCUGACCUCGCUCUGUCUCCCUCUGCUUUUGAACUGCUCGGGGACUGCGUGGGCUUUCGAGGUGACACUGCUCCACACCAACGACAACCACGCACGGAUCGAGGAGACCAGCGAGGACUCCGGGAAGUGUUCAGACAGGGCUCCUUGCUUCGCCGGGGUCGCCAGGAGGUUCACGAAGGUGUCGGAGAUCCGGAGAAAGGAGAAGAACGUCUUGUUUUUGGAUGCGGGUGACCAGUUUCAGGGAACUGUCUGGUUCAACUACUACAAAGGUGCCGAAGCAGCGCACUUCAUGAACAAACUUGGUUAUGAUGCCAUGGCUUUGGGAAACCAUGAGUUUGACAAUGGAGUGGAGGGUCUGAUCCAGCCUUUCCUCCAGAGUGUAAAUUGUUCUGUGGUGAGCACCAACAUACAACCUGACCAGACUCUGGCUGCAGAGCUCAGUGGCCACUACACGCCCUACACAGUCAUAGAUGUGGGCUCAGACAAAGUGGCUGUGGUGGGCUACACCACCACAGAGACCCCUGUCUUAUCCAGGCCAGGCCAACACCUGAAGUUUGAGGAUGAGGUGGAGGCACUUCAGGUUCAGGUCAACAAGCUGGAAACCUUGGGCUAUAACAAGAUCAUCGCCCUGGGCCACUCUGGCUUUGACAUGGAUCAGCAAAUCGCCAAGCGCGUCAGAGGGGUCGAUGUCGUUAUUGGAGGACACACCAACACAUUCCUCUACACUGGACAGCCCCCAUCCACGGAGGUGCCGGCGGGCCCGUACCCUUACAUGGUGAGGUCGAGCGAUGGGAGAGACGUGCCGGUGGUCCAGGCUUAUGCCUUCGGGAAAUACCUUGGGUACUUAAAAGUUACCUUUGAUGAAGCUGGGAAUGUGAUUAAAGCCGCUGGAAAUCCCAUCCUGAUGGACAGCAGCAUACCUCAAGACCCAGAAGUCCUCACCGACGUUGGGAAGUGGAAGAAAGGCUUGGCUCAGUACUCCUCACAGUACGUCGGACAAACCUUAGUCUACCUCAACGGGACGUUUGAGGAGUGUCGAUUUCGGGAGUGUAACCUCGGCAACCUGAUCUGCGAUGCUAUGAUUCGUCACAAUGUAAAGUAUUCAGGUGAGGAUCUGCAGUGGAAUCACGUGGCCAUGUGUAUGCUGAAUAGUGGGGGCAUACGGACACCUAUAGAUGAGCACUACAAAAAUGGUUCCAUAACUAUGGAGGAGAUUCUCACCGUCUUACCAUUUGGAGGAACCUUUGACCUCGUCCAGAUUAAAGGAUCAACCAUCAAAAAAGCAUUUGAACACGCCGUUCACAGAUAUGGAACCAUGUCUGGAGAAUUUCUUCAGGUCUCAGGCAUUCACGUAGAGUAUGACCUCUCCAGACCAGUGACCCAGCGUGUGGUGUCUCUGUCCGCGCUCUGCACAGAGUGCCGCGUGCCGAAGUAUGAACCGUUGGACCUGGAGAAGACGUACACCGUGGUCAUGAAUUCAUACAUGGUGAGCGGAGGUGACGGCUUUGCCAUGGUGCAGGAGGAGCUACUGAAGCAUAACACAGCAGGUGGUGCAGCCAGUCUGGAAUGUGGAAGACAACUCGUCCUGACAACCAUGAAGGAGAGAGGAAGAGGAGGACGGAGAGAGUGUCGUUGAAGAGCUGGGAGAGAAGGAUUUACAUUCAUUCUUGAGACUGAAGCCCACAUUUAAUAAUUACUGCUACUGGAGUAACCUGUUUCAACAUGAGUGGCCGGCAGAACUCUGCUGAGGUGAAUAUUUCUUUAUGUUUUUAUUAAAAAAAAAAAUGUAAAAGUGUUCCCUCAUUUUAAGCCUCAUGACAAGAGGUUAAUUGUGUUCAUCCCUCCAUUCUAAGGCGAUGACACAUUUAUUCCAGUACUGCAGUGAAGUGGCCAUUCAUAUUAAAUCAGCCAGAAAUGGGGUGACAUCGUGUUUAAAAAGCUCAAGGCUCGUGAAACCUUUUGUGAUCUCACCGAUCCGGCCUCUGGCAAGUUUGUCAAGUUAAAGGCUUGCAGCCAUUUUUGGCUCGCUGCUUGUCAGAGCUGAUAACAGUUUUGUGAACUAUUUUAAAUAGAUGGGUCAAAAUUUGGUGAGCCACAUUGUUACAAAAACAGCACUGAUAUAUGUUUUCCCUCCAGAAUACCAUGGACCAGAAAACUGAAAUAACAAUUGGCUGUCUUUGAAAUGUCUCUCUUUACUUCUUUAAAGAGACACUUCACCCCAAAAUUAAACAUUCUUUCUCACCUCCUGUGCCAUUUAUCCAUUAAGACGGUAAAGGUGUGAGUUGCAGAGAUAUCGGCCAAUGUCUCCCUUCUCUUGAAUAUAAAAGAAAAUAGCUUUUCUUAACAAGUUCUGUGGAUUAUCACAGGUUUCAUGAUGUUUUUUUAAAGAGACAUUGCUGUCGAGUUUUUCAAAUGUAAUUUUUGCCAUCUUGUUCCAUUAUAUUCAAGAGAACGAGGUUGGAUUUUCAACCAAUAUCUUUAAAACUCAGCUGCUCACACCAAAACAAUGGAUGCAUAAACAGCAUCACAGGUAAGAAGAAAACAAGUACUUUGGAUUUGGGUGUGAACUGGCUCUUUAAACUCCAGUUAAACUUCACAGCUGGACCAAUGGUAUACAUUUCAAGACAAAUGAACACCGACAUCAUAACAAAACACAGAAACAAAAUUACAGCGUAAACAGUUUCUACAAUGAUGUCUUGGCAGACGUUGCACUAAACACCAUCUCAAAAACCUUUAAGCUCGAUUGGACUGUAGGUCUUUGACCACAAAGUGAUCCAUGGCGACCGUCCAAUGUGAGCAACCAUUUCAACUAAAUCUGAGUGUACUCCAACUGGACUCAGGAUAACAUUCCUGGGGCCUAGGCUUGCAGA